UCCAUAUCAAGAAUGAAUCAACUCAAAAUUCACACAUAAAUUUAUAAUAUUAAAGUAGGUUCUAAUUUCAAAAAAAAAAAGAUACCCAAAAAGAAUAACAUGUACUUAAAUGUAUAGUCAAUGUUCAUGCCUAACUAGUUUUAUAAAUUAAUAAAAAGAGCUUUUUCUAUGUGUUUGGAUAAAUUAAAUGAAAUAUAUAUAGUUUUUUAUUUAGUAAUAUAAUUAUAUGGAUUGAAAAAUUAAUUGACAAUAAAUGCAAUGCAUUUUUAUUUUUAUUUAUUUAAGUUAUUAUUUUAUUGACAAAAACAUGUAUCUGAAUUAUGUUUUUGGCUAUAUAAUUUUCUACCGAUUGAAACUAAAAUUAAAAAAAAAAUUAGUAAAACAAACUAAACCGAACGUAGAAAUUUAUAUGGAUAUACUAUUGUACGUAAUUUUAUCCAUUAAGUAACAAUUUGAUUCCAGAAACUCCUAGAUGUAAAAAAAUUUGUAUUAUUAUAAUAUCUGUCAUUUCUGGAAUGAAUCUCUCAUUUAAGCGAAGGGAAAAAUAAUGAAUCUGAAUCUCUCGUGCUUCACCAGAAAGCAGUUUUGAUUGUUUCCCAAAUUAGUUAUUACCCAUAUGCACUUGCUUGAAGAUGAUUCAACCUCAAAAACAAUUUUUGAAUUAUUUACUAAAACAUAGGUGAAAAUUUUAACUAAUCCAGUAAAUCUUUUGGUUCAACUUUUAGACUGUAAAACUCUUCCUCUUAUAAUAUAUAUCCUUUUUAAUGCUUUUGUAAAACUAAAUAUAUAUGAUUUCAUAUUUUUGUUUUUUUUUUGAAAACAGGCCUAUGAUUUGAUAUUUUGUUUCAUUUAUAUAUUGGUUUAUAUAGUUUUCAAGAUUAACAUUAUAAUUAAAUUUGGUUUAUAAUUGGAUAACUAAAACAAAUAAAUGUGGUAAAUACAAUGAGUAUAUAAAAAAUCACUAUAAGUAAAACCGUGGUUAAUCAUAACCACGACAAAUCUGUGAUAAAACAGGUCAGUGACUAGAUAUAAUCAUUAUUAUUUAUAGACAAAUUGUGGCAAUAGUAACUACAAUUAAACAAUGAAGAACAGUGGCUACUAUAGCCAUAAUAUAAGAGUGAUAAAUUGUGCCACGUAAAUUUGGCUGCUACGUGACCACUGACUAGAUGUUGUUACUGCAUAGCUAAAUGUAGUUACAAUAUAAAUGUUUACACAGUUUUUGAUAGCCACAAAGCUAUAACUACAAUUUUUUUUGUUUGAAACCGUAGCUACUUUCCAUAUAACCAUGAUUUUCGGCUUUGUAGCCACAAUUUUAUCGGAGCCAUAGAAGACAUUUUUACUAGUGAACCAGACACUUAUAUUUAUGCAAAGAAAUGCAAACCCAAGGCGAGUUAUGGCAUGUUUCAACGACUAGACCACAACACAUGUUAUGUAUUAUGUAUUAUGUCAAGUCAUAUCAAUAUCCAUAUCAAUUGACUUGUGCUGAUAAAUAUGUAUGUAUAUAUAUAAUCAACAAUUGCUUUUCCCAGAAGUUUCAGCCACGGUUGACAGUACUCCCAUAUUUUACUGUCUCCUCCACAUUACAAGAAGCCUUCCGUUGCAAGCACUCAUCUUUCCACAUGAAACAUCUUUAUUCUGUCUUUUCCUUUUCUAAAGAAAAAAGAAAAAUUAUUAUUACCUGUUAUUUUCAGUUUGAUCUUCAUGAAACCCAAGUGCAAAUUACAAUAUCCUUCUUCUGUUUUGCCUUCAACUACACACCUAACAUUUAUUUUCUAAUCUCGACCCAAUCCAUACAUGUGCCAGCUUUAUCUAUACAUAUCUUUGUCUUAUCUAUGGAUUGGGAACCAAACAGUGAGAAUAACAUUUUAGCUACCUAUAUCAAAUAUACCAAACUCAAGAAAAUUGUUAAUUACCAAUUGAAAAGAAACAUCUUAACCUACUAGAGCUUUAGCCCCACAUGGUAUUCCUUUCUUUUCUUUGAACCAAGUUAAUGUUAAAUUCAUAUUAAAAUUAAUUUCUUUGACCUCUUAAGUAGUCUAAGUUAGAUGUUUAAUCGUUAAUGGGGUGUUGGCCACGUGGGCCAUUUGGUCAUUUGACAUUCGAAACACCAUUAACAAGCUAAAGAAACAGAAGCAACAUAUUAAUGAAUUGUGAUAGGCUCUUAAGGCCAAGUCUUGGGUUAUAUAACAAGGCAUCUUCUUUACAGAAGGAGAGAAGAAAGAUCUGGAGGAACAAUGACAACAACAAGACAGAUGUUGGAGCAGCCACAAUCACCAUUUAUUCAACGUACCAUAAGCAUCAAUGGAAGUCCCAUGGUAGAUGACAGAGAGGAGGAGCUUUCACGCUCUGCUUUAGCUUUGUAUAAGGAAAAAGAAGAUGAGAUUGAAAGGAGGAAGAUGGAGGUCAGGGAUAGGGUCCAGAAAAAGCUUGGACUAGCUGAGGAAGCUACUAGGAGAUUAGCCGAGAUUCGGGAAGAGCUGGAAGCUCUUACCGAUCCAAUGCGUAAGGAGGUUUCCGCGAUAAGGAAAAGAGUCGAUGCUAUUAACCGAGAACUCAAGCCAUUAGGACAGAGUUGUCAAAGAAAGGAGAGGGAAUUCAAAGAAGCACUUGAAGCAUACAAUGAAAAGAACAAAGAGAAAGCUAUGUUUGUUAGCAAGCUAGUUGAGCUUGUUACUGAAAGCGAGAAACUGCGAAUGACAAAGCUUGAUGAACUCAGCAAAAGCAUUGACGUUUCCUUACGCUAACACAAGAUGAUCAGCCAGCUUUGCAUAUUUCUUUUGCACUUUUUUUUUAAUUGUUUGAUAUUUGCUUUUCUUUGUGAUCAAAUCUGAUUUCCUGAUUUAGUUCUUCAGUAUGAAUUCACAUUCUUAUGUUUUCAUGUGUUGUGACAAUGUUCCAAAAAAAUUAGGCUCUUUUAUUCCUCUGGCCUUUCAAGUUUGUAACCGGUCUAUAAAAGCAAAUUACCUCUCAGGCUA